AUGGACGGUCUGGGCAUUCCUCCCGAUCACGACGACGAUCUCCUCUUCGGUCUGGUGCCCUCGUGGUCCACGGCGGUGCUCGCCUCUGCGGUGGGCCUGGCUGGCAUCGCCAUCUGGCGCCGCUACCUCGCACCCCCAGGACCCUCCAGACCAACAACCAAGGGCACCGCCCCCGCUGGCACCACCCGCCCUGCCGUCCCCGCACCCAAAGUGCGAAAGCCAGCGCCGUGGGUACCCAACACGGAAGCGGAGGACCUACUGGCCGCAGCGACCGAGGAGGAACAGAAAAAGCUGCGGCCGCUCAUCGCCAGCCUGGCUCCCACCAGCGACCACAACGCACAGAUCAAGGCUGCCCGCGCCACCCUCUUCUACGUCCAGGAUGAGAGCCAGUGGAGCAUGAUGCGCCGGACGGGAGUACUGUCGGCGAUGGUGCGGCUGCUGGUGACGAUCACCAAUCACGCGGCGCAGCGGGGCGGCGACGGCGACGGCGGUGACAUCGGCGUACCGUCGCGCGAGGAGGCCGCGGUGCUGGCGGCCCUGUCGGCCGCGCUGAGCCGGCUCUGCCGCGCGCCCGAGCUGCGCGAGGCCAUGGCCACGCCCGAGCUCGUCGAGCACGCCGUCUUCCUGCUGCGCACGCCCCUCGUCGACUCGACCAAGGCCGAGCUCGUCGCCCUGCUCAACGUGUUCGUGCGACUGGGCGACGACCUGCGCCUGCGCGCGGCGAUGGUCGACGGCGGCGAGCUGGGGCCGGUCCUCGCACAGCUGUUCCUGCAGACCACCAUCGAAUCGGGCGAGGACAUCAUCAAACACUCGGCCAACGCGCUCGUACCUUUCGUUACCAUGGAUGAGGGUAAGAGCACCAGGGAUGUGUUGCUGGAGCACGGGGGCGUCGAGCACGCCCUCGACUUGUUCACCGAAGGCCGCGCCAAGUUUGCCAAGCGGAGGACACCCCUGGCCCUGCUCGCACUCCUCAAUGCCCUCAGCGCCGUCGCCGAUGUUGAAACGUGCGAGAAGGUGCUGAGCGCGUCGCUGGCGCAGUACUUCGUCGCCGAGCUGCGCAAGAAUCAGAAGGUGUCCCUCCGCCAGAACCUGCCCGAUCUCCUCUCCCUCCUCCGCGCCUUCCUCGUCCAGGAGCGCGCCGGCGCCGACGCCAACGACCUCCGCCGCCAGUUCCAGGACUUUUUCCUGGAGGAGCAGGACGAUGGGACGACGGGCCUCGAGCAGGUCAUGUCCUUCCUCAGGGACGACAAGCUGUUCCCCGACGCCGCCGAAGUCUUGCUCGGCCUCUCCCUCGACAACAGUCGAGUGCAGGCUGGGAUCAAGGAGAACGAGGAGACGAUGGCCGCCGUCCGCGCUGCCAGCGAGACCGCGUCGCACCCGGGCAGCGAGGCCGCGCGCCUACUUCUUGCUAGAGUCGGCGUCUGA